CUCCUAAUCCUAUUCCCCGUUCCCCAUCGGGGUCAUCCUGCCCGGUUCAAGUUCACACCUCCCUCCCUCCGGGUAUUCAAGCCCCAGUCACGGCGUACCUGAUUCUUAAAAUAAGCUCUUUUCGUUGCGUAUCGCGUCAUGUUUCCACCGACCGAAGGUCAAAUUCCAGAAAUUUGCCAGACGGGUUAUCCGUAUACGUUCGGUGGUGGGGUGAGCCAGCCACCAAUCCCUGUGCCGUAUUUACUCCGCGACUCUCACACAAGGCCGGUCACAAACAGAUCACAUCCACGACUGCCCGGUACGAAAUUACUGUUCCUCAGGAGCGUUUCAAGGCCUAUUUGAAAGAUAUGAACAUCUUAUACAUGAAUGUUGUGGACUCCGCCUGUGUUCGAUUCAUCGGACGAGCACGUCUGGACCACAUCGAACGACUAUCCAUGGAAAACCCGGUUCAUACUGUUCUACCUGUCACGGACGAAGUUGGAGAAAAGCUGGGAGAACUAACAGUAUCAAUUUCUAUCGAAGUCGUGGUUGAUGCCUCUAGCAAACAACCGAAUGCCCGCGUGAGUGGGGACGUUCGGUCCCCCCAACUGCCACAACGUCGCUUAGAUGAGCCAGCGGACGGCGAGAGUGCUCACUGCCUGCCUGAUCCCACCCAGUCCCGACCCCAGGAUGAACAGCAGGACCAACAACCACCUAUCUCAUGCAUCUCAAAAGAACAUGUAAUAGAUGAAGACUUGUCCGACGACGGCAUCAAUCCUGACAUAUCCGCCCAGCCAGACUCGUCACCACUGGUGCGACCACCCCCGACGGAUGGCGAUCACCAAACUCACAAACUCAAUGCGUUGUUCCAUCAUUUCAAUAGAAAUUUGAUCUCAAAACCUAUCGAGUCACGACAGCUACCUGAAAGCGAGCAGUGUACCGGCGGUCGCCACAUGUCGAAUGGAAUGCUUCGGAGUUCAGAUAUGCUUGCCCCUCAGUUCACCGGGAUUCCCUCUGCUAACAGGUUCCCGUCCAAUCCCGAACUUCAUCUCGGUUCUCUAAGUUUGGACGAUCAAAAUCCUCCGUGCGACGGACUCCUGGAAAACACUCGGAGGCUUUUAAGUCUGAUCCAUAGCCAGCCUGUUGAUUCGAAUGUGGCUUCCGUCAAUCAGCUGUUGUUCUCUUCUCCUCACGAUGACCCAAUCGAGGGGACUUGCAAUCUUGAAGACAGUCCAAUUCAGCACUUCAGUCAGAACGAACAUCUUGUCGAAGAGUUGUUUUUCCCGUCUAACAAUCAUCCGAGGGAAAUACUGUUUCAAUCUUUUGAGUUGUUACUCGAUGUCCAACUGCUACCUCUGAAAGAAAGAAGGCCUUCGCUGCGGAGUUUUUUUAUUGGGAAACACU